CGAGCAAAAAGACGUCAAAAUGAAGUUCUCUGCCGCCCUUUUGACCACCAUCACCGCCACCGGCGCCAACGCUCUCUGGUUCGUGCCGCCUCAAUAUACGACCAAUCAACACCUCCAGACUUAUUUCCGAGCCUAUCCCGGGUGUGUUGCGCAUUGCGAGACAUGGUCUAAGUCCUCACAAGGCGGUAGAAUGACAAACAUCGCCACCAUUCAAGCCAAUUGCCAAGCCGAGUGCAACACAAUCUUUGAAAUUGGUCAAUAAAAAUAAACGCUCAUCUCAUCCUAUUUAUCAUAGCGCGGCAGCCUGAGGCG